UGCUGGGCUUCGAGGCAGACCUGGGCAGCGCCCGUGCCCACCGCCGAGGAGAUGACCCUGGGAGUUGAUUGGCUGACGAAAUUUGGCUACUUGCCCCCUCCGGAUCCCGUCACGGGACAGCUUCAGACGCAAGAAGAGCUCACCAAAGCCAUCAUGGCCAUGCAACAGUUCGGGGGCCUCGAAGCCACGGGUAUUCUAGACAAAGCCACGUUGAAAUUAAUGAAGACGCCUCGGUGCUCUUUACCUGAUCUUUCCGAAUCGGAGGUGCGGAGGAAGCGGCACGCUCAGGGUGUGACAAAGUGGAAUAAAAGGAACUUAUCUUGGAGAGUCCGCACCUUCCCCAAGGAAUCUCACCUGGGCCACGACACCGUCCGUGCCCUCAUGUACUAUGCCCUGAAGGUGUGGAGCGACAUCACGCCGCUGAAUUUCCACGAAGUGGCAGGCAACAACGCCGACAUACAAAUCGACUUCUCCAAAUCGGACCACGACGACGGGUACCCCUUCGAUGGCCCGGGCGGCACGGUGGCUCAUGCUUUCUUCCCGGGGGAACACCACACCGCUGGAGACACCCACUUUGACGAUGAUGAAUACUGGACCUUCCGAUCCGCAGAUACCAACGGAAUGGACCUGUUUGCUGUGGCAGUCCAUGAAUUUGGUCACGCCAUUGGCUUAAGCCACAUCUCUGCCAUAGAGUCUAUCAUGAGGCCAUAUUACCAAGGUCCUGUCGGGGAUCCCUUGAAGUACGACCUGCCAUAUGAAGACAAAGUCCGGAUCUGGCAGCUGUAUGGGGUCAGAGAGUCUGUGUCCCCGACAGCCAGGCUCGAAGCCACGAAAGAGGACGACCACCCCUUCCUGCCCGACUUGCCGGAGAAUCGUUCCUCCAUCCCGCUCCGGAGAGACGUGCCCAACCGGUGCAGCACGCAUUUUGACGCAGUGGCUCAAAUCAGAGGAGAGGCUUUCUUUUUCAAAGGAAAAUACUUCUGGAGACUGACCCGCAACAAGCAUUUGGUCUCCCUCCAGCCAGCCCAGAUCCAUCGUUUCUGGCGGGGCUUGCCUCUCAAUCUGGAUAGUGUGGAUGCUGUUUACGAAAGGACCCACGACCAUAAGAUUGUGUUCUUCAAAGGAGACAGAUACUGGGUGUUCAAAGACAAUAAUGUGGAGGAAGGCUACCCUCGGCCAAUCUCGGAUUUUGGCUUGCCGCUGGGAGGCAUCGACGCCGCGUUUUCCUGGGCCCACAAUGACAAGGCUUAUUUCUUUAAGGAUAAUCUCUACUGGAGCUACAACGACCGCGAGCGGCACAUGGACCCUGGCUACCCUUCGGAGGACAUCUUGUGGAAGGGGAUUCCCAGCAACUUGGAUGACGCCACGCGGUGGUCAGAUGGGUCUCUCUACUUCUUCAAAGGCAAAGAAUACUGGAAAGUAUUGGACGGCAGCCUGGAGGCAGAGCCCGGAUACCCACAAUCCAUUGCGAGAGACUGGUUGGUGUGCGGCGACAUGCAGUCGGACGCGCCCGAGCCGGCCGAGAGCACCAGGACCAGGGUGCGCUCCAAGCAAGGACACCACGACGAGAGCCGUUCCGAGAGUGAGGUGUGCUCGUGUACCUCGUCCUCCUCCAAGCCGCUCUGGUCACGCUCAGUGCUCGGACUCUCCGCCGGCCUCAUCUUUGCUAGCCUUCGGACAGCAGCUUUGGCCGCCGGGCCGCUAUGA